AUGGCUGCUACUGCAGCGGGCAGCGUUGCGAGGGCACCGCGUCGCGGUGCCAAGUGUGCGCGCUCGUUCUGCGAGCUGCAGGUGGCGCUGGCCACGUGCGAGAAGUUCGGAGACCUCUUCUCGUGCAGGGAGUGCGGCGAGUUCGGCGACCAGUCUGGAUUCGAGUUGAAAGCGUUGGCAUCGAUGAAGCCCAAGUCGCCAGCCAAGUGGAAGGAAAGGAAGGCGCAGAAGGAGGAGUGGGCCAAUGGCAAGGCUGUCGCUGAGGACGACAGGGAGUUCCCCCAGGAGGAGGUCUACGAGGAGACGAUUCAGGAUAGCUCCUUGUCAGAGGAGUUCACCUUCCAGUCGCGCGACGACUUUAAGGAGGAGCACGGCUGCCUGCCAGACCAGGCGAAGGUGAUGACGCUGCGCGUGACGAACUCUAAAGGCGAGGAGUCUUUCGGCGUGGUGCUGGCCACGGAGACGGAUGCACCUCCGAAGCUGACGGCGAGCAACCUCUUUGAGAACAUGUCGGCUGAUCGGUCGCGCGCGUGCGGGCAGAAGUUCGGGAACAAGUGCCAGCAGAAGGCCAAGAAGUUCAGCGCCUACAAGAAGGAUGCGAUCAAGCAGCUCGUGAAGAAGAACGUCGAGAGGCCCAAGGGGUUGCGUCGCAUGGUGCGCGAUGGUGAUGUUCCUGAUGACUCUGGCUCGGACGCGGGGGGCGCGUCGUCCGAGGCUGAGGCCGAGGCCGAGCAGGAGGCAGCUGCAGGCGCAGCACAGCAGCAAGUUCCUCCAGCGACCGACGCUGGGCAGGCUUCGGCGUCGGCUGGGCCCCAGCACUCAGACGCGCCAGAGACGCCCAGGGCACCGAGGACUUCAGCAGCGGCGGACAGCUCCAGGACCAAGGAGAAGCGCGCGUCCGAGAACGCGAGCCCGACCCUCGCGUUGGCCCCGAGCUCGAAGAAGGCAAAGCCAGGCACGAACGUCGCGCCGUCGAUCGCCGAUGCGGCGGCCACGGGCGUGGACGGCGAGGGUGGCCGCCUUAAGCCGCCCGAGCACUGGCACGAGACCAUCGCCCCGUCGAGAGUGUUCGCGGGCGCCCCCCUGAAGAGGCACGUGGGCUGGGCAAGGGAUUGCGUCAAGCGCAUCGCUGGCCAGGGCGAGUCGGUGAAGGCCAACCACUUGACCGAACACAUCGACGCAAUCGAUCUUUGCAUGGAGCUGAUGACUGAGUUAGCCAAUGAGAAAGUGACCUUCGUUAGCCUUAGCACCAUCUUGGGGAAACUUGUGACGAAGAAGGUGGACUUCGAUUCGAACAUCAAGAGCAAGCUUUUGGGGAAGAGGUUGUUCUCAUCGAUUCUGGCUUUCUCGAGUGGAGAUACCGACGACGCCUGCAUCAAGGAGAUCGUGGAUACCGUCAUGCCUUUCACGGUUGAGAAGCUGGACGCGAGCCAGGAGGUGACCUGCGAUGACGACGGCGACGAGAAGAUGGCCCCAGACCCCGAGGAGUUCGACCCCAUGAAGGUUAGCAUGGCGACUAUCGACGGCUCGAGUGACUCCAGGAUGACGUUGCUCCUGAGCGUGCUCCUGAAGGAGAUCGUCCCAGCGGUGAUGCAGGUGGAUCAGGCUGGCCAGGUAGCAGCGUCGCGCCUGUGCGCUGCCAUGCUGAGUCGGUUUGAGGCAGGCGUCGCAGAGAUGGAGGAGAUCCCCUCCGCCGCGAGCGACACGUUGGCCGUGCUUCGCGUCAUGUGCGCCCUCAGCGACAGCACUGCCGACAUGGACUUCGAUGCCUUGGACGAGUUCUUCCUCCAGCAGGCCAAGAAGACCAAGGGCGCCCUCGCGGACCUGGGAGUGAUGAUUCGCUUGAAUGAGCACUGGAAGGAGAUCUACGAGGAGCUGCAGACCACCAUCCAGGAUGCCAGGGAGUGGAUGCCGAAGAUCUUCAAGAGCGCUGCCCAGGUCAAGGCACUCAAGACCAGCGAGGCUCCCAUCAGUCUUCCCAGCGCUAUCAUCGACGAAGCUUUCGACAUCCUGAAGUCCUGCCGAACGAUCCUGAGGGCCGGCUCCACCCGCACUUUGGAGAUCGAGAUCGCUGGGGUCCUCGGCGUGAUCCAGUCGAAGAUGUUCGACAAGAGCGGCGUGGUCAAUGGCGGGGACGCCUACAGCAAGGCCGAGCUGCUCGCAGCGGAUAAGAUGUUCAAGGACAGCCUGGACCUCAAGUGUUGGGUCGAGGAGUUCGGCAUCGGCGCGAGGGAGCACAUCGGCGCCGUGAUCGAGAAGGCAGGAGCGAAGGAGAUCAUGAACGGGCUGAAGGAGAUGAUGAUGGGCGGCGCCAAGGACGAGGCGGGCAACAUCGACAUUGAGAAAGUUCGUGCCGUCAAAGUCGCGCUGCAUAACCUCGCCGAGAGCUCACUCGAUGUCGAGGGCAAGGAAGCGGUCACGUCCUUCUGCAGCCGCGUGUGGGACGCUAUCAAGGACGCGGUGAACGCGAGCAAUGGCGAGAUUGCAGGUGUCAUGAAAGACAUCGCAUUGGUGGCGGGCGACGGCAUCACCGACAUCUUCAAGGCGUUCCACGCUGCAGGCGAGACGAAGUUCAGCAUUGCAGCGCACGUCUCGAUGACCAGCGGCAGCGAGGACGGCUCUGGAGUGACGGACGAGGAGCCCAUGAAAAGCACGAAGACCAUCAUCCUGAAAGAGAUCGCGCUCGGCCAGGUCAUGCAGAGCAUCCCCGAGUGCGAGCAGAAGGAGGUCCUGGUCGCUGCCCACACGAGCGCGAAGAACUACAUCCAGACCGUCGGAGACCAGGCGAUGGGGAUAUCCAAGGCCGAGCUCGACAACAGGGUGAACCACGCUGCGAAGUGGGCCAAGGGCGGUGCUGACGGUGAAUCGUGGUGGGGGUCAGCGAACGACGCGAACGACCUCAGCGAGCUGCUGCCCAUGGCGAAGGAGACCGUGUGCAAGCACGCGUCGGAGAGCUUCAACGUCGAGAAGACCAAGAUCCAGGAGCUGCUCAAGUCGCACACGGAGGUGGCCAGCGUGUUCACUCGCGUGCCGAGCCCCGACUCCACCAAGACGGCGAACGACGUGAUGAAGGCUCUGGCGCAGAGCCACAUCGAGGGCAUGGUGGCCGCGCUGUUCACCGCCAAGUACAGCAAAGAGGAGCUCAAGGAGAAGGUGUUCGCGCUCAAGAGGCUCGCGACGAAAGAGGGUGCGAAGUGGGACCAGAUGCCGUCGGCGCUCGUGGAGCGCGCAGUCAAGGCAGCGAAGCUGCAACGGAUGAAUGAUAAGGCAUGGGAGUGGACAAGUUGGAUAGCCGCGAGGGGCGCGAGGAUGCGGUUGGGCAAGGAGGAGGCGAAAGGCGAGGAUGAGGUGGGCAAUGUGGAGGCGCAUGGACGCGUGCCACAGGUCGCGUACCUAGUCAUUGUAGACACGGUCGCGUACCACAGGUCGCGCACCUCUGUCUAUUCUGGUCGCGUUCCACAGGUGGCGUACCAUUACCGUUCAGGGCUCGUACCACAGGCCGCGUAUCUAUUGAUUUUAUACGAGGUCGAGUACCGCAGGCUCGCGGAGCUGCAGCUCAAAUUCUUCCGGCGGAUCGACGUCGACAUCGCCCAGGUCAAGGCCUACGUGCAGACCAAGGUGGCGAUGCUGGAGGCGGCGUUGGGCGAGUGGCAGAGUUCGGCGGUGCUUGCGGGGCUGCUGCUCACCCCCGAGCAGCUGGAGGACAUGGCGGCCCGCCGGGCCCGCUCGCAGAACUCCAAGGGUCGGGAGGUAGACGCUUUCACUGGGCAUGUCGCGGGCUUCAAAGAACAGGUUGACGCCAAGAGCACCGAGCAGGUGUCAGCCCGCGGGGGCAUCGCGCUCGCCCGCCCCGCGCGCAGCGACUUCGGGCCGGCGUCGCCGCGAUUGCUCAGCGCGCAGCCUGCAGCGCAUCGCGGGGACAUGCUCGGCUUCGUCAGCGCCCCCCCGGUCGCCUGGCAGGGCGGGGGGAAGCUGGGCGGGGCAGGUGGCGCGGUGAACGCGCGGGCCGCCUUCGGGCCCGCGACGGGCCUCUACUGGGUGCGGCGAGACGAGGGGGAGCAGCAGCACGUCGCGCGCGAGCGCACAAGCGCAGAGGACCUGCUUGACUGGCUCUUCGACCUGGAGGGCGAGGCCAGGCCCAAUGCCCCGCCGCGGGCGGCGCUGCUGGAGAAGUACAGCCGCAUCGCCGGCUCCCUGAACGGGGUGCUGCGGUACAUCGAGGUGAACCUCACCGCGGUCAGGAAGAUCUUCAAAAAGUUUGAGAAGAAGGUGCCCGCGGCGAUGCGCGUACGGAAGUAA